AUGGAUGAUGCAUAUGACUACAACGUCCUCGACGAUGACGUCGAUCCGGAUGACCUUUACGAGGAGCUCAAGUUGCAAAUUACAACCGUAUAUUGUUCCCCUCCGCUACGAAUGGGGUCCUUCGAACGGUAUCUAGAAAAUCCCCUCGGGCGCAUGGUUUUCGGCUCCAACAUGAUCGAAGGCGCUGGAGGCGGGCGCGACAUCACCCAUGCGCUAUGCCGACCGAUAUUUCGAGGGGACCAAAUUCCCGAAAUAGAGGAAGGCGACUCAUAUUACAGGGUCCUGGAACGCGAUCUGGCGCAGAAUCCCCCCAAUUAUGACACCCUACAUUUCACCACAGUCUGCAUCAACAACGAGGCCCUUUCCGAAGACAUUAUCCUCCAAACGCACCGCAUUUUGACACAUAAAGUCGAUGCCGAACAAGGCAUGUCAUGGACAGAGUACAGCGGCGUCUACCGGGAAUGCGACGUGAGCGCCGGUCUCAACCAGUUCAUGGAUCCCCGCCUAGUUCCCGGCGCAAUGCGGGCCAUGAUCCGAUCACUUGAUGACGAUAUCCAGUGGGCUGUUGAUUCAGGGGAGAUCGACCCUGUUUCCCUAGCGGCCAAGUACAGCCACACUUUUGUCAACAUCCACCCCUUUGUUGACGGCAAUGGACGUAUGUGCCGCCUUAUUUUGAACGCCCUCUUGCUCAAGUAUAGCGGCGUUCUCGUUUGCAUCGGCGUGCAGGGAUACGACCGGGACAGAUAUUUGGAGAUUGCCGCGGCUGGGUCAAUGGCAGAAGCGACAGCUCAGGACGAUACGGAUGGGCUAGACGAACACCACAAGCCUAAGCACUACAAGGGCCCUGCGUCGUUCAUUCUGGAGCAUGCUCGGGAUAACAUGCGCGAGCUAAUUAACAAGCAAGGCUAA